AACAUUUGUGAAACAAUGGGCCGCUCUCAGGAGCUCAGUGAAUUCAAGCGUGGUCCUGUGAUAGGUUGCCACCUGUGCAAUAAGUCCAUUUGUGACAUUUCCUUGUUACUAAAUAUUCCACGGACAACUGUUAGUGGUAUUAUAACAAAGUGGAAGCAACUGGGAACAACAGCAACUCAGCCACCAAGUGAGCAAGGUAAGCACAUGAAGCGCACAGUGUUCAGAUAUCGCCAACUGUCUGCAGAGUCAGUAGCUAAAGACCUCCAAACUUGGUGUAGCCUUCAGAUUAGCACAACAUGCAUAGAGAGUUUCAUGGAAUGGGUUUCCAUG